UUGCAACAAAAACCAAAAGGAACCAUAACCACAAAAGUCAAGGGUGUAGUGUUGGGGACAGAAACAUUUUAUUCGAAAACGUUGGAAACUUCUUCCCUAUAAAAAUUGACCAUAUUCUACUUUAUUAAGAGAAGACCCCUUGAAAAUGUUCUAAGAGAGCCCAUAUUCAAAAGGUAGUCAAAAAAAACCCCUCACUAGUCCACCCCUGCUUAAAACAAAAGUCAAAGUCAUCUAGACGCAUAAUUUCUUCCUGUGCAUCAGGGGGCGAUUGUAAUGCGAUCCGUGGCCACUCAAGAGCAGUCAUUCAGGCCAGAAAUCUGGAAUCCCAAGUGCAGGGACACAUGAAUGCGUUUCAUUGCCUAUUUUUAAACAUAACAUUCCAUUCCAAGUGAUAAGACCACCAGAAAACAGUCCUCUUUGCCCGUUUGCAUGUGCAUUGCUGCGCCUGUGUGCGUGUGUGUAUCUCUGUUCGUAUGUGUGGUAUUACUCAUGCGCUCUCACUCCAAGCUUCGUUUGGUAUUUUCCUGGCUUCUCUUCGGUAUUUUCGAGGGUCACACUGCGCCUUAGCUGGGGCGUUGUUGUUGCGUGCGAGAGCGGAGCAGAAGUAUUUAUCGCGUUACUGUGAAUGGUCCUCUGACACAGAAAAUGCAAAAAAAGUAAGAGCGAAAAAGAGCUGGCGUAGGUGUGACAAAAGCGGGGAAAAAGCAUCGGUUCUGUGCAAGCAAAGUGAAUAAAUACAGUGAAGCCCACCUGCGAACGAAUAUCAAAGGCUCAUAGGCGAAUUUGGCGCUAUUCCAAUGAAUAGUCCUCGCUCAAACGCGGUCAAUGGCGGCAGCGGCGGCGCCAUCUCCGCUCUGCCCAGCACUCUGGCCCAACUGGCUCUGCGCGACAAGCAGCAGGCUGCGUCGGCAUCGGCGUCGGCGUCCUCUGCCACCAACGGCAGCGGCGGCAGCGAGUCCUUGGUGGGAGUCGGUGGACGACCGCCCAAUCAGCCGCCCAGUGUGCCAGUGGCCGUCAGUGGCAAGCUGGACACCAGCAGCGGAGGCGCCUCCAACGGCGACUCGAACAAACUGACCCACGAUCUGCAGGAGAAGGAGCACCAGCAGGCGCAGAAGCCACAGAAGCCACCGCUCCCGGUGCGCCAGAAGCCCAUGGAGAUCGCCGGCUAUGUGGGCUUCGCCAACCUGCCCAAUCAGGUCUACCGCAAGGCCGUGAAGCGGGGAUUCGAGUUCACCCUGAUGGUGGUGGGCGCCAGUGGGCUGGGCAAGUCGACGCUGAUCAACUCCAUGUUCCUGUCGGACAUCUACAACGCGGAACAGUAUCCGGGCCCCUCGCUGCGCAAAAAGAAGACCGUGGCCGUGGAGGCCACCAAAGUGAUGCUCAAGGAGAACGGCGUCAAUCUGACACUCACGGUGGUGGACACACCCGGAUUCGGCGAUGCUGUGGACAAUAGCAACUGCUGGGUCCCAAUUCUGGAGUACGUGGACAGCAAGUACGAGGAGUACCUGACCGCCGAGUCGCGGGUGUACCGCAAAACCAUUUCGGACAGUCGGGUGCAUUGCUGCCUGUACUUCAUAGCGCCAUCAGGACACGGACUCCUGCCGCUGGACAUUGCCUGCAUGCAGAGCCUGUCGGACAAGGUGAAUCUGGUGCCGGUGAUCGCCAAGGCGGACACCAUGACGCCCGAUGAGGUGCACCUAUUCAAGAAGCAGAUCCUCAACGAGAUCGCCCAGCACAAGAUUAAGAUCUACGACUUCCCUGCCACGUUGGAGGAUGCGGCCGAGGAAGCCAAGACCACGCAGAAUCUGCGCAGCCGAGUGCCAUUCGCGGUGGUGGGUGCCAACACCAUCAUCGAGCAGGACGGAAAGAAGGUGCGGGGUAGGCGUUAUCCCUGGGGCCUGGUCGAGGUGGAGAACCUGACGCAUUGCGACUUUAUAGCGCUGCGCAACAUGGUCAUACGCACGCACCUACAAGACCUCAAGGACGUGACGAACAACGUCCACUACGAGAACUACCGCUGCCGGAAGCUAUCGGAACUGGGACUGGUGGACGGCAAAGCCAGGCUGUCCAACAAGAACCCUCUCACCCAGAUGGAGGAGGAGAAGCGGGAGCACGAGCAAAAGAUGAAGAAGAUGGAAGCCGAGAUGGAGCAGGUGUUCGACAUGAAGGUCAAGGAGAAAAUGCAGAAGCUCAGGGACUCGGAACUGGAACUAGCGCGGCGACACGAGGAGCGCAAGAAGGCGCUGGAGCUGCAGAUCCGGGAGCUGGAGGAGAAGAGGCGUGAGUUCGAGCGCGAGAAGAAGGAGUGGGAGGAUGUCAACCACGUGACGCUCGAGGAGCUCAAGCGACGCAGCCUGGGGGCCAACAGCAGCACGGACAAUGUGGAUGGCAAGAAGGAGAAGAAAAAGAAGGGUCUGUUCUAAGUCAACCCGCUCAAAAACCCCAUUCUUCCUGCUCCCCGUAUACUUAAGCGCUAAUCUCGAGAACAAAGCAAACGAAACCUCUAGCGUAUCCAACUCUUAUUCCUACCACAUAAAGUAAUUCGAAAAGUGCAUAAAUAUAUCUAUUGUUGGGCCAGCCGCCCCACAAGGCUUCUAUUCGCACAGCAAUCGGCCCGCGACGGCGUUGCAUUUGUUUUCUACAUACUAUAAAGUUACAUAUAACACAUAGCAGUUGCAGUAUUUUACCAAUAUAUAUCCACGCAUUACUUGACGAGACACAUUGCUAGCCUAAUGAAUUGAACACGCAAACGAAUUAAAUCGCGGCAAGUAACAAACGGUAUUUGCAAAAUACUUAAGUAUCUUAAAGCCUAAUCACAAACAAAAUCUAAGCAUAAUGUACGAGUACGAGGCGAAAUUGAUCCUAAAAUUAAUUAUAACGAAUAAAGAACCCAUGUAUAACGUAUGCUAUUGAUAUUGUAAUUGUAUUUUACCUAUUAUGCAUAAAGUCAUUAAACACCCGAACACACACCAGCAAGGCAAAAGCCGCAACCGCAGCAGAAAACAUCAAGAAACAAAAUAUACUCUUGCAUUUUACAAAAUAAAGUCUUCUCCUUAGUUUAACUACAUAAAAACCGAA